AUGUUGACCAAGAGCCUCUUCACCACUUCGGUCCUCGCAGCUUUCGCUGCUGCCGCUCCUGCGCCCCAGGACGGCUACAGCGCUGCUAAGCCGACUGAAGAUGUCCCAGGCUACACCAACGCGGAUGCCAGCUUCUCCGUUACCUUCACGCCAGCUGCCACACCCGCUUCGGUUUUCGGUCCUGACUCUCAGGUUGCUGCCAUACCCACCGCACCUGGCUCAGCUCCUCCCCGAAGGAGUUCAGAUGUCACUGGCGCAACCAGCCAUGGCCCAUUCGAUGGCACUCCCACUACCACUGGAGCUGCUAAGGCGCCUACUACCAUCGGCACUGCCAUCGCCCCCAUGCCCCCAAACCCCACUGCUACCUACUACAACACCAAUGGCAAGCCCCAGAACCCCAUGCCUAUUCCCUAUACGCCCGCUGGUGGUCUCGGUACCAACGGCAGUGAGCCCCGCUACAUGGUGAACAGCGACUUCGACUACGAGUCCAUCACCCUGGGUCUUUACCAGGAAUGGAUCGAACUCGACCUGUUCAACAACGGUCUCGCCAUCUUCUCCGCAGAGGAUUUCCUCGACGCUGGUCUGACUGCUGAGGACCGCGCCUACAUUGCCUUCAUGGCCCAGCAAGAGAGUGGCCACGCCACCCUCUUGACCAACAUGCUCGGCGAGACUGCUCCUCCCCAGUGCACCUACAACUACCCUUACCGCACCGUCCGCGAGUUCAUCGACUUCAACCAGAAGCUCACCCGCUGGGGCGAGUCUGGCGUCUGGGGCUUCCUCGCCCACCUGGACUCCCGCGAGGUUGCCUCCCUCCUCUCCCAGUCCAUUGCCACCGAGGCCCGCCAGCAGAUGUCUUUCCGCCAAAUGCUCGGCCUUGCGCCCCAGCCCGUAUGGUUCGAGACCGGUAUCCCGCAGUCUUGGGCAUGGACCUACCUGGCACCCUACAUCAGCUCGUGCCCUGAGAACACAACUCGUCUCGCAUGGCAAAACUUCCCCACGUUGCUCAUCGACAACCAGGCCAACCCCAACCGCUUCUCGCCCAACGAUACCAAGCCCCACGAGGUAGUUGGCGACCGCAUCGCUGACCCCUCUGACUCUACCAUCCCCGCCGAUGAGUCCUGCGUCAACAUCAACGGCACUGAACACCCAGGCUACUCCUGCGGCCCUGCCAUCGCACGCAACCACAGCGAACCCCUGUCCUUCCCCGGCAAGAAGAUCAACUUCACCUGGGAGAAGCCCGGUCAGGCUGUCGGCCCCAACAACUCUUACGUCACGGAUACCAGUGCCGGCGCCCCCGCGUACGUUGCCUGGGUCAGCCAGCUGAACUUGACAUACACGCCCCUUGAGGUCACCGGCGAGAACACUGGUUUCACAUACCAGCCCGCUGCUGAGGUCUACGAGGGUGACCCAUCCGUCAACGGUACCAUGUUCGUUGCGCUGACUGAUGCCAACCCGUUCUUGACUCCCUUCAACUUGAGCAUGAUCAACCCUCACGUUGUUGCUCUUGGUCUGUACCAGGCUGGUUAA